GGGUCCGCGCUGCGGUCGCUUCGCACCCCUGGCCCGGGGCGAUGCCCGCACGCGGCGGGCUGGGGUCUCGGACGUGACGUGAGCUGGGAGCGGACGGUCCCUGCCCCCCCCCCCGCCUGUAUAAUGGGCCUCGAGCCGCCGCCGGGAGAUGCUGCUGGUGCCGCAUGACCAAAGGGCGGGGAGCGCUCGGCCGCCGCGCCCGGAGCCGCCGCAGGAGGCGGCCGCGGCGAGGUUGGGGCCGCGAUGGCCGAGGAGCCGGCGCUGAGCCCGGAGUCGGUGCUGCGGUUCCUGGCGGCGCGGGGCGGGCGGGCGCGGAACGCGGAGCUGCUGGAGCAUUUCCGGGGCUGGCUGAGCCCGCCGGAGCCGGAGCGCCGCGCCCGGGCCCGCCAGCGCUUCAAGGAGCUGGUCAACGCCGUGGCCACCGUGCGCCUGGAGCCCGGCUCCGGCGCCAAGUACGUUCAGCUGCGGCGGCGCUACCGGCCCGCGGGGCCCCCGGCUGCGGACCAGCAGGACUCGCCCCCCGCUGACCAGCGCUUCGAACCCGGCGGCAGCCAGGCCGCCGCCGCCCCCCUCCAUCCCCCCGCGGCGCCCGGGCCCGAGCCGCUGUCGAGCAUCGCGGACGCCGCCCCCCUCCAUCCCCCCGCGGCGCCGGAGCCGCUGCCCAGCAUCGCGGUGACCCCUGACGAGGAGGCGGACUCGGCACAGCGGAGCCGGGACUCCUCGCCUCGUCCCGGGGAGCAGCCGGGGGAGACCGCGCCCGCUGCCCCGGGGAAGCCGGGCCCCGAGGAUGGGGCGCUCCAGGGAAAGGGUCCCCCCAGCUGCCCGCAGCAGCCGCCUCAGGCGGGGAGCAGGAGCGACUUGCCCCGGUUGGGCCAGGCGCCCCCGGGCGGCGGCAGGAAGAGGAGCUCGCGGCGCAAUGUGCCCCGGGGGCUGCAGCCGGGGCACGGCGGGGAGGAGCCGGGUCCCCCUGCCCGGCUUGUCGAAGAGGAGGGGGGGGCCGAGGCCGGUUCCGGCUCCCCUUGCUCGCCGGGCAGCUCCGGCGGGGGCGCCACGCCCAGGGCCAGCCGCAAGAACUUCCGCGAGUUGAUGAUGGGCAGCUCCCCGCAGCUGAAACGCAGCUUCUUCCCCGGGGCCCCCCGAGCCCGCGGGGGGGACUCGGACAGCGCCUCGCUGGCCUCCUCCUCCGCCGAGGAAGAGAGCGGCGCGGGCAGCUCGGUAGCGCUGGACCCCCUGGAGCACGCCUGGAUGCUGUCGGCCGCGGACGGCAGGUGGGAGAGCCUGGAGGGGCUGCUGAGCUGCGAACCGGGGCUGCUCUCCAAGCGCGACUUCAUCACCGGCUUCACUUGCCUGCACUGGGCCGCCAAGCACGGGCGCCAGGAGCUGCUCGCCAUGCUGGUCAACUUCGCGCACAAGCAGCGGCUGCCCGUCAACAUCAACGCGCGCACCAGCGGGGGGUACACGGCGCUGCACCUGGCCGCCAUGCACGGCCACCUGGAAGUGGUCAAGCUGCUCGUGGGGGCCUACGACGCGGACGUGGAUGUGAGGGACUACAGCGGGCGCAAGGCCUCCAACUACCUGAGCCAGAGCAGCACGGAGGAGAUGCGGAGCCUGGUAGGGGCCCUGCAGGAGGAGGGCGAGGGCGCCGUGGGCAAUGGGAGCGGGCGCUGGAGACUCUCCAAGGUGCUCCCCUCCAACCUCAUUGCCUACAAACUCUCCCACCACCACCACCACCACCACCAGGGGCAGGGCGAGGAGACUGAGUCCAGCGAGGGAGCAGCAGCCCUGGGCAAGGGCAAGGAGAUGAGCAGGAAAGCCUCAAACAGCGGCAGGACGAAACCACGGCUCAACAAAAUCCGAUUCCGCACCCAGAUCAUCCACACCACCCCCUCUUUCAGGGGGGGGGAGGAGGAGGAGGAGGAGGAGGAACAGGAGGAGAAGCCACUGAAAACGUCCUUCAAACUCAGACCCAAAUCCAAUGUCUUCGGAUAAGCAGAGAGACAAGCAGUAUCUAAAUCAGGGGUGUGACAUGCUCCUGAACCCAUUGAACAUGUAGUGCAGAAGAGAGGUGGUGUUUGCAGCUGUGUGUGAGUGACCAUCCCUCAUCCAGACUUGUGCAUUCUUCAGGAGAUAAAGCAAAAUAUUUUGUUCUGAGUUUCAUUAAGUGCAACAUCUGCAGGGCUCUUGGGAUUUAGCAAUUUCCAGAAAAUAGCUGCUUCAAGCCAAGCAAUGGGGGCUCCCCAUACUUAAGAGCUGUUUCCUUGCAAGUACAGCCAGGGGCAGUGGGUCUGUAAAGAAGUACUAGGUAUGUAAAAUCUGUGGGCCUCCUCUUUUUAGAAGCUAGGCAUCAGGGUAUGGAAACAUGUAUUUAUACUUGGUUUUAAAGUGAGUUGGAGGGGAGACAAAAGAGAAUUCAAAACUUUACAUUUCGGUACCAUAUACAACUCUUCAUGGACAGCUAUCUAUUUAAGUUGGAUUUCCUCAAUACAUUCAUGUAUUUUUAAAGUCUCUCUUUUUCUAAUGGCAAUACCACAUGAUUAAAUAGUUAAGUACAACAUGUGACCGGUGUCAGGAUUUCUGUAGAUAUUUGGGCUCCAGUCCUCAAAGACUUACGAUCAGUCUUAACUUUAUCUGUUCAAAUGACAUAAUUCAAAUAUGGAAGUCAAUGGGAUGGCUAACAAAGGGUAUAGUUAAGCAUGGUGUAAGUCUUUGCUGCUUAAUUGAGGUACUACUGAACUCUAAUAGAGUUGGAAUGCUAAUGCAGAAUAUAGUAGCGUGAAUGAAAGGUCUUUAAUUUUUUGUACAUUGAAUAACUGCUAAUUAAGUUCUGUAUCAAAGCAAUUUUACUUUUAUAAUCACUGUGAAUUCUCAAAUACUAAGUCUAGUACCAUAUGAGUUAUUGAUCUUUGGUCUGUCUUGCCAACACUACACUAGAGUAAUAGCAACACGUUUACAGUUGAUUAUCUUUAUUCAUGUAAAAAUGUAGGUAAUUUUGCCAUACAUCUCAUCCAAGAAAAUACUUUUCCUUAGAAAGGAGUAUAGAUGAUAGUAUAGGAGAUCUUCAUAAAACUAAUAAGAUAUUGAAAUGCAGUAGUACUGUUCUAUGCAUUCAAUAACUGUGUGCUGUAGUAUCUACUAGCUCCUUCAGUGUCAUAUAUGUAGAAAUGCUUACAAACUGUGGUAGAGUGAAGGACCUAGGAACUCUUUUCUAAGGCCACCUGUGUCCCUGUUUGUUUGGUGUAUUGAGUAAAAGCUGCUUAAUGAGGCUUUCUGAUUAUUUUUUUUAAAGUAGUGGAGGCAACAUUCACAUUCUCUCUCUCUCUCUCUCUCUCUCUAGUAAAACUGAUUUAACUAAAAAUCAAAUCUUUAGUUUGAAACUUCAAAAUCCUUACUGUCUUACAAAAAAAAAUGUAUGGAAAUUCUCAAAGUAAUUGUUUUGGAAAUUCUCCACCUCAGACUGGUCUAUUCUAAAUUUGUUCUAUACAGUCUACAGUACUUUAUUGGUUUCUCUGCUGUUCAGGUCAGAUAAUCCUGCAAAUCUUGGAAGGCAUAGGCUAUUUUAACAUAAGGUUCUUCAAAAAGACCUGCAUCAUGGAUGCAGCUGGCCAUUGAAUCAUCUGUGCAUAAAUGUCAAAAUACUGCCAAUGAAAAAUGUUUCUAAGUUGCAGUUUCUUGUAAUCUUACCAAGAGUAUGACUUUAGAAAUGCAUAAAAUCUAAAUCUGAGGCAGUAGUUAACUGCAUGCUGCAAGGGCUAGAAAUCUGUGUAUAUAUGGAGAGUUUCUCCUGAAAGAUCUGUGCUUUCUCGUUUUGACAGGUUUCUGCAUUUUGGCGGCAAUAGCAUGAGUGCCUACAAUAGAUAAAUAAGUUAGAUGUGGGGGAGAGGACUUUGCCACAGAUCACUUCCCAAUAUUUGCAUGACUGUUGACCUUAGUAAGCUAUGAUAGUCACAUAGGUAGGCAAUUAAUACUAUGCCAAAUUGUUAUGAGAAAAACUGACCUUGAUGAGCAGUUCAAUCUAUUUUACACAUUAUUUAGGUUCAGGUCAUUGUUUUUGUUCAGAAACACUAAAAAUCAUGGGGAGGUGUUAAUUUUAUAAUAUAAAAUUCCAUGUGCCUUCACUUUUGGUUGUACACUACAAACAUGGGUAUAUUCAGUCCUGAAGAGCACUUUCGUUGAUAUGUAUAUGGGGCAGAGCUAACAGUUUGCCCUCAGCUUUUUCCUGCCAUAUAAUCUUGGUGCAACAAGAACUGGGUGCUUCAAAGGGGGAAGUGCACUUGAGAACUAGGUACUUGCUCCUUAAACUUUCUGCAGUGCAGAAAUAAAAUCUUUAUACUAGAUUUUCUGUAAAGCAAACUGAAGGCUUGUUACAUUUACAAGAUUCUAGCUUGAGGCUCCUUGAGCACUAUAUUCCCAAGUGGGCACACGCUUCAUGCUACUACCUAUUUCCAAAUCUUGACUACAUUAACCAUUAGCGUAGCAGUUAUGAAGCCUUGUGUAACUUUCAUUUUGACUGAGUCAGGGGUUGAGCUUUUCAAGUCUAGAUCUGAUAAAGAAUUGCACAAAAUAAAGAAUCUUGAAUUGGUAUUCUGUUGGUGAUCUUGGACGACUAUUCAUUUUGUGUUAUAAAUUUCAAUGGACAAUUUAGCUUAAUACCAAAAAAAAACCCUCAUUAAUAACUGGGAGAACCAGUAAAAAUUACUGAAAUUGACAAUUGGUAAAUGUGCAUCACGAUGUAAUUCACAGUUUAGUUUUAAUUUGAUAUUUCACAACACACUAGUAAAUGGCUGUAAUAUGUCUAAAAAAGUAAUGAAGUCUUAGUGGUAUGAGACCUUCCCACAACACUAGAAAAUCUGAGUUAUGGUGGCACAGGCUAUUGGUACACUAUGGUGAGUAAAAGUGCAAAAUUAGCAAGGUUCUACUGUAGUUAUUCCAAAUGACUAGCUAAUCAAAGUUCUGCUUGUGCUAUCGGACUAAAGACUUUUAUUUCACCUCUUGGCUUUCACAUUCCACUCCUUUUUAUUUGAGCUAAAACAAGUUUCUCUGUGGGGAAGGAGGUUACUCUUGGUACCCUUGUUUCAGGAUAUUCAUAGUCUACUGGUAUUCUUAAAUGUAUGUAUUUGAAUCGGCAAAUAUAUUGCUGAGGAAGAUGUGAAUUGAACUAAAACAAUUUGUAUGGUACAAAAAAACUGUAGCACUUACUAGUCUUUUUUUAAUGGUACACUUGAAAUAUUGAAUGUUUAUCCAUUAUUCAAUUUUUAUGAUAGUGUGAUGCAGCAAGCCUGUAACUUAACCAUUUGAUCACUUGUAUUGCAUCUUUGCCUGAAAUAUUAGAGGCCUGGAUGCCUGUCAGUUUUUAAUAUAAGUUUGUUUUUUUAUGGGUGUUUAUCUGAAUGGAUAUUUGAGCUAAGAAUCUGCAGAAGUCAAACUUUAAUUUUACUGAAAUAAACAAAUGCCAGUGA